AUGCAACCAUACAAUACUGUUAAUCUCACCGAAAAGUUGUUUUCUCUAACGGCCAGUAUAAUUUUUAGGAUGGCCUUUGGUACGAGUUUUCAAAAAAGUGCUUUCCACGAUAAUGACAGAUUAGAAGAAAUGCUUCGUGAAGCCAUGGUUGUUUUAGGAAGUUUCUUUGCAUCUGAGUACUUUCCAUAUGUGGGUUGGAUCGUUGAUAGGCUCAUCGGUCUUCACGGGAGGCUUGAGAGGGUAUUCCAUAAGUUGGAUGGUUUAUUCGAACAAGUAAUUGAUGCCCAUCUCAACCCUGGGCGGCCAAGACAUGAUGAGUUCGAAGACAUUGUUGGCGUGCUUUUGAGAAUACAGGUGCAUAAAAUUGAAUUUGGUGAAGGGCCUCUGACAAAAGAUGGCAUCAAGGCAGUCAUCAUGGAUUUAUUUUUAGCUGGAGCAGACACAAGUGCGGCCACUGUCAAUUGGGCAAUGGCGGAGCUUGCUAGGAACCCGAGAGUGGUGAAGAAAGCACAAGAUGAAGUUAGAACUUUUGCUGGUAAAAAUGGCAUAGUUACCGAAGAUGAAAUUGUUCGGCUUCAAUACCUCAAGAUGGUGGUGAAAGAAACUCUGAGAUUGCACCCUCCAGCAGCCCUGUUACUUCCGAGAGAAACCAUGUCUCACUUCAGAAUCAACGGUUACGAUAUUCUUCCCAAAACGCUGAUACAAAUUAAUGUAUGGGCAAUCAGUCGAGACCCAAGGUACUGGAAGAACGCAGAAGAGUUCUUCCCCGAGAGGUUUAGUGAUAGCUCCAUUGAUUUUAAAGGACAACAUUGUGAGUUUUUGCCAUUUGGUGGGGGUCGAAGAAGCUGUCCUGGGAUGUAUUUGGCAACAAGGACAGUGGAGCUUGCCCUAGGGAAUCUCUUGCAUUGUUUUGAUUGGAAACUGCCCUUCGGAAUGAAGGGGAAGGACAUUGACAUGGAAGAGGCAGCUGGUCCAAGUCUUACUAUCUCUAAGAAAACCGCCCUCCACCUUGUGCCAGUUGACAGGGUGCCGCGAUCUCUGGAAGAUCAUAUGAAGUGAACGAUAGAUUAUCCACUU